AUGGCCCCAGCGGCCUCGGACCUGCUCGCGACGUACGUCGUCGGCACCAAGGCGUGGUUCGCCGACAAGGAGAAUGGCUGGAUCAGCGCCACGCUGGCCAAGCCCGUGGCCAGAUCGGCCUCGGGCGACGUGACGCUCGAAUUUGUCCUCGACGACACUGGCGCCACAAAGACGGUCACCACAUCCGAGGCCAAGCUGGCCGGCGCCAACGGCGACGAGGAGCUCCCGCCGCUGCGCAACCCUCCGCUGCUCGAGGCCACCGAUGACCUGACAAAUCUCAGUUACCUCAACGAGCCUGCUGUGCUACACACCAUCCUCAACCGCUACUCGCAGCGCCUGAUCUACACCUACUCUGGCAUCGUCCUGAUCGCCGUCAACCCCUUCUACGGCCUCAGCCUGUACAGUCCGGAGAUCAUCCAGGCCUACUCGGGCAAGCGCAAGGGCGAGCUUGAGCCGCACCUGUUCGCCAUCGCAGAGGACGCCUACCGCUGCAUGAUCCGCGAUGUCAAGGAUCAGACGAUUGUCGUCAGCGGAGAGAGCGGAGCCGGCAAGACGGUGUCGGCCAAGUACAUCAUGCGGUACUUUGCCACGGUCGAGGACCCGGACCGCCCCGGCAGCCGCAAGGCCGGGGCCAGCGGCAAGGACUCGAGCGGCAUGAGCGAGACCGAGCAGCAGAUCCUCGCCACCAACCCGAUCAUGGAGGCGUUCGGCAACGCCAAGACGACGCGCAACGACAACUCGUCGCGCUUCGGCAAGUACCUCGAGAUCCUCUUUGACCGGGAGCACGAGAUCGUCGGCGCCAAGAUGCGCACCUUCCUGCUUGAGCGCAGCCGCCUCGUCUACCAGCCCGAGUCGGAGCGCAACUACCACAUCUUCUACCAGCUCUGCGCCGGCGCGCCGUCGUCGGAGAAAAAGGACCUCGGACUCGAGGACGCGUCCAAGUUCAGCUACCUCAAUCAGGGCGGGCCGAGCGCACUGUCGAUCGGCGGCGUCGACGAUGCCGAGGAGUUCAAGGCGACGCAAAAGGCGCUCAGCACGGUCGGCGUCAAGAUCGAGAAGCAGUGGCAGAUCUUCCGCCUGCUGGCGGCGCUGCUCCACCUCGGCAACAUCUCGAUCGCCGCCUCGCGCAACGACGCCAUGCUGGCCGACGACGAGCCGAGCCUCUUCAUGGCGACCAAGAUGCUGGGCAUCGACCUCAACGAGUUCCGCAAGUGGACGGUCAAGAAGCAGCUGCAGACGCGCGGCGAAAAGGUCAUCACCAACCUCACCCAGGCCCAGGCGGUGGUGGUGCGGGACUCGGUGGCCAAGUACAUCUACACGGGCCUCUUUGACUGGCUCGUCGACCAGAUGAACACUUCGCUCGCCCUCGGCUCGAGCACGACGCGCCAGUCGAUGAUCGGCGUGCUCGACAUCUACGGCUUCGAGCGCUUCAAGGUCAACUCGUACGAGCAGUUCUGCAUCAACUAUGCAAACGAGCGGCUCCAGCACGAGUUCAACCACCACGUCUUCAAACUGGAGCAGGAGGAGUACCUGCAGGAGCAGAUCAGCUGGACCUUUAUCGACUUUUCCGACAACCAGCCGUGCAUCGACAUGAUCGAGGGCAAGCUCGGCGUCCUCUCGCUCCUCGACGAGGAGUCGCGCCUGCCGUCGGGCUCCGACGAGUCGUUUGUCCAGAAGCUCUACACGCAGAUGGACAAGCGGCCCGAGUUCAAGAACGCCUUCAAGAAGCCGCGCUUCGGCCAGACGUCGUUCACCGUGUGCCACUACGCCCUCGACGUCGAGUAUGCCAGCGCGGGCUUUGUCGAGAAGAACAAGGACGCCGUGCCCGACGAGCACCUCGCGCUGCUCACCAACACGUCCAACAGCUUCCUCAAGGAGGUCCUCGAUACGGCCCACAGCGGGUCCAAGCCGGCCCCGCGCAAGAUUGGCGGCGGCGGCAUGGUCAAGAAGCCGACGCUCGGCUCGCAGUUCAAGAGCUCGCUCAUCAGCCUGAUGGCGACCAUCGACAGCACCAACGUCCACUACAUCCGCUGCAUCAAGCCCAACGAGGCUAAGCGGGCGUGGGAGGUGGAGCCGCAGAACGUGCUCGGCCAGCUGCGGGCGUGCGGCGUGCUCGAGACGAUCCGCAUCUCGUGCGCCGGCUACCCCUCGAGGUGGACCUUCGAGGACUUUGCCCAGCGCUACUACAUGCUCGUGUCGUCGGACCGGUGGGACAUGUCGGACAUUGCCAAGGCCAAGGCGCUCGCCUCGGACAUCCUCGCCUCGACCAUCGUCGAAAAGGACAAGUACCAGAUCGGACUCACCAAGAUCUUCUUCCGCGCCGGCAUGCUGGCCCAGUUCGAGCAACGCCGCACCGACCGGCUCAACGCCCUCACGACGCUGAUCCAGAAGAACCUGCGCAGGCACGUCUACCAGAAGCGCUACCAGACGAUGCGGACCAGCUCGAUCAAGAUCCAGUCGUGGUGGCGCAUGCAGCUGGCGAUCCGCUACGUGUCCGACCUGCGCCGCAACACGGCGGCCACGACGAUCCAGACGGCGUGCCGCGGCUUCCUGGCGCGCCGCCACUACCUCGCCACGCGCGACGCCGUCGUCAAGAUCCAGAGCUUGGCGCGCGGGCGGGCGGUGCGCGCCACGUACCGCACGGCCAAGGUCGACUUUGCCGCCACGCGGCUGCAGAGCAUGCUGCGCGGCGCGCUGGUGCGGAUGCAGUACCACCGCGAGCGCCAGGGCGUCAUCCACCUCCAGUCGUGCUACCGCCGCCGGCUGGCCAAAAAGGAGCUGGUGGCGCGCCGUAACGAGGCCAAGUCGGUGUCGCACUUUAAGGAGGUGUCGUACAAGCUCGAGAACAAGGUGGUGGAGCUGACGCAGAACCUGCAGAAGCGCGUCAAGGACAACAAGGAGCUGGCCAGCAAGAUCCGGGCGCUCGAGGCGCAGAUCCUGACCUGGCAGGGGCGCUACGACGAGCUCGACGGCAAGGCGCGCAGCCUGCAGGAGGAGGUCGACAAGCCGACGGUGGCGCUGGCCGAGUUCGAGGCGCUGCUGGCGGCCAAGCGCGAGCUCGACGCCAAGCAGGAGGGCUCGCUCAAGCGCAUCGCCGAGCAGGAGAAGCGGAUCGCCGAACUGUCGUCGGAGAUCGAGCGGCAGGCCGAGGAGCUCCAGGCGCGCGUCGAGGCGCUCAAGGGCGCCACCAAGACGUCCGAGGAGGACCUGGCGACUAUGGCGUCGCUGCGCUCCGAGGUGGCGUCGCUGCGAGAGCAGCUCAACCGCGCCAACGCCCUCAACACGCUGCAGAAGAACUCGCAGCGCAUCGAGAACGCGGCGCCGCCCGUCUUCAACAUGGCGACGGGCAAGGAGAACGGGUACGCGACGACGGGCAGCAAGCGGCGGCCCCGGCGGCACAGCGAGGCGGGCCCCUGGAGCGACACGCCCAUGGGCGGCAAGGACGAGCACGAGGAGGCCAUGCUGGCCGCCAAGCGCAGCGCCGCCAACGCCAACCGCCACGUGUCGGUCGCGUUUGGCGCCGACGGCCAGGUGCCCGGCUUCGGCGCCCGCAGCGCCGGCGGCGUCGGCGGCUACGACGACGACUACGACGACGACGACCCGUCUGAGGAAAUCAUCCGGAUCCUCGAAAACGAGGAGCAGCUCGACGAGGACGUGCUCAACGGCCUGAUCCGCUUCCUCAAGGUGCCGGCGCCGAGCCUGCAGAACCCGCCGUCGCCCAAGGAGGUCCUCUUCCCCGCCCACCUCAUCAGCCUGGUGACCAACGAGAUGUGGAAGUACGGGCUGGUGCGCGAGAGCGAGCGCUUCCUGGCCAACGUGAUGCAGACGAUCCAGCAGCACGUGAUGAGCUUCACGGGCGACGACGCCAUCGUGCCGGGCAUCUUUUGGCUGUCCAACGUGCACGAGAUCCUCUCGUUUGUCUGCAUCGCCGAGUCGGACAUGCUGCAGGGCAUCGGCCCGGGCGUCGACGGCGCGGCGCGCUCGUUUGAGUGGGGCGACUACGAGCGGCUGGUGACGAUUGUCAAGCACGACCUCGACAGCCUCGAGUACAACAUCUACCACACCUGGAUGCAGGAGGCCAAGCGCAAGCUGCACAAGAUGGUGAUCCCGGCGCUCAUCGAGAGCCAGUCGCUGCCCGGGUUUGUGACGAGCGAGAACUCGGGCCGCCUCUUUAACCGGCUCCUGUCCAACAACUCGAACCCGGCCUACACCAUGGACGACAUCCUGGCCAUGCUCAACAAGGUGUGGAAGAGCCUCAAAAGCUACUACGUCGAGCCGUCGGUGACGCAGCAGGUCGUCACCGAGCUGCUCAAGCUGAUUGGCGUGACGAGCUUCAACGACCUGCUGAUGCGCCGCAACUUCUGCUCGUGGAAGCGCGCCAUGCAGAUCCAGUACAACAUUACGCGGAUCGAAGAGUGGUGCAAGUCGCACGACAUGCCCGAGGGCACGCUGCAGCUCGAGCACCUGAUGCAGGCCACCAAGCUGCUCCAGCUGAAAAAGGCGACGCUCGGCGACAUCGACAUCAUCUACGACGUGUGCUGGAUGCUGACGCCGACCCAGAUCCAGAAGCUCAUCUCGCACUACUUUGUCGCCGAUUACGAGAACCCCAUCUCGCCCGAGAUCCUCAAGGCCGUCGCCGCCCGCGUCGUGCCAAACGACCGCAACGACCACCUCCUCCUGCCGCCCGAAGUCGACGAGGCCGGGCCCUACGAGCUGCCGCUGCCGCGCGAGGUGACUGGCAUCGAGACCUACUGCCCCGCCUACAUUUCGGUACCCGCCAUCCGUCGCCUGGCGAGCCGUGUCGCAUAG